UUGCUCGCCAAGUCGACGCCACCACAAUACCACAUGGAUGCUGACCGCCAUGCCCACCGAUCCUAUCCGCCAAACCGCCUAAAAUACCCACGAAACCACCCCAAAAUCCAACGACGUCUCACCUGCCUCAUCCUCCUCCAUAGAUAAAAGAUUCACAGCCUUUCUCUUCCUCUUCCCAGAUCUGCUUGCCCCCUCCCCACCAUUCCGAUUGCUACCUCUCUUCUCAUGAUCUGCGCGCCUGUGGGGGUCGUCUUUGCGCCGAAGCCGUCGGCGGUUGGGUGCCGCGCGGCGCGGAGGGUCCGGUGCGCGGUGUCCGUGGCGGCGGCGGCACCGGCGCCGGCGACGUCCGGCGGCACGCUGUACGACGUGCUGGGGCUGCGGGCCGGCGCCACGGUGCGGGAGAUCAGGGCGGCGUACCGCCGCCUGGCGCGGGAGCGGCACCCCGACGCGGCGGGCGCCGCCGACGACUUCGUCCGGCUCCACGACGCCUACGCCACGCUCUCCGACCCCGACAGCCGCGCGCGCUACGACCGCGACGUCGUCGUCGCCCGCGCCGCCUCCCGCCGGCCGCGCCGCACCUGGGAGACCGACCAGUGCUGGUAGCAGCGCAUGAUUCUGUCUCUUGACGCAGCCAUGGCCGCCGCGCUCACCUUACAAUUUUUUUACUACGGUGAUCACCCAUGCCUAUGUACAGUAGAGUAUAAAAUCUCCCUCCUUUUUCUUCUCCCUCGCAUCCAUCGUGCGUGAAUGUAAUGUAAAAAUCCAAACUUUGAGAGUAGAUAGAGUAUUUAGCUAGUAAUCCAAGGAUUAACCCAUCACCAUGACACUAUGUACUGUGAAUAUGUGCUAAAGCGUGUUUUGACGCGAGGUUUGAAGGAAAUUGCCUGCCCUGCCUCUGCUACA